UUCUCUCAUAACUUUUUCCCCAACUUUUCCCCCCCAGUCCGUAACUGCAAAGUAGCACGCUCCAUCCGACAACGCUGUCCGCUCCUCCGCUGCAUGGAAGAAUCGGAGAGAUGUUCCGGCGGCCGCCCCCGCCUCGACUUGGACAAGCUCUUCGCCGCCGACGACGCCGACGACUCCCCCUCGCCGGUCCUGGUCGUCGAGCGCUCCACCUCCUCCUCCUCCCCCUCUCCGCCGGCGCCGGCCCCGGCGGCGUCGGCGUCGGCGGCGGCGGAUACCGACGACUGGAUCGCGGCCCUGUCCGACUGGGGCCUGGCGGAGCAUAUCGCCAGACAGGCCCGCACCCUCAGAGAUUGCGAGCGGAGUCUGCGCGACAAAGGGGAGAAGCUCCGGUCGACGCUCCGGCGUCUCCGGGAGGAGCAGGAGCGGAGGAAGCUCCGCCGCAUCGAGAAGGAUGCUGAUGAAAGUGAGAAGCCCACACAGUCCACUGGUGCAAUUGCUCAAGGUGCAUCUGAUGGCUUAAGAGAAGCGACAACACAAUUGACAGGCCCCCUUCGGUCCUCGUUUGCAGAGAUUUUUUCUGGAAAAUUGGAGGACGAAACUCCUUGUAGUGCUUCCAACUUGCAUGAGAAUGGAUCACCUAGCAUGACUUGCUCAGAUCCACUAAUACAGAAAUCCACUGGAAAGAUCUCACCAAGAAAAAGGAAAGGAGCUUAUCCAUCCUCCAGAAAACAACCAUUUCGGGGACCAAGAAAUCUUUCGGUGGAACGAGCCGAUCAUUCACCUAACAGUGAUCGGAAGACUAGAUCAUCAUCCAUUUAUACCUUACGUGAUCUUAGCAGGAGAUUUUCUGGUCGACUAUCUACAAGGGAAAAUGAUUUCCAUGGUCAACUUUUCAGAGAUUCGAAGGCUAAGAAGAAGGAGCCAACAGUUGUUCUGGUCGACGAGGAAGAAUGUCAACAAGUGGAGAGAAUUGAAGGAGGUGACAAAUUUAAUGAAUGUAUGAAAGACACUACAAUCUACUAUCCAUCAAGGGAUGAUCCACAAUCCGUUGAAAUUUGUUAUGCAGACAUAGAGUGCCUUGCUCCUGAGCACUAUUUGACGUCACCUAUCAUGAACUUUUACGUUCUAUACCUACAACAGCAAUCUUUGAAGUCAGAUAAAGGAAUAAAUGAUUAUCAUUUCUUUAAUACAUAUUUCUACAAGAAGCUCCAAGAGGCAUUAUCAUGCGAGGGAAAGGAGAAAGAUGCCCUUUUUGCUAAGUUCAGAAGGUGGUGGAAGGGCGUGAACAUAUUUCAGAAGGCUUAUGUCUUUAUACCUAUACAUGAGGACCUUCAUUGGAGCUUGGCAAUUAUCUGCAUUCGUGACAAGGAUGAUCACUCUGGCCCUAUUAUACUUCAUCUUGAUUCACUGGGGCUUCAUCAUAGUAAAUCAAUUCUUGAUUACAUUAAAAGCUUUUUGGUUGAAGAAUGGAGUUAUCUAAGGCAACAAGUUGCUCCUUCAGAUCUUCUGAUCGAAGAAGAGAUUUGGGAGGUGCUCCCAGAGGAAAUUGUUCAAAAGAAAAUUGCCGUUCCUCAACAGAAAAAUGACUAUGAUUGUGGGCUCUUCGUACUUCACUUCAUGGAGCGCUUUAUCGAAGAAGCUCCUGAUAGGCUGAAAAACAAGGAUUUAGCUAUGUUUGGUAAGCAGUGGUUCAAGCCUGAAGAGGCCUCUGGUUUGAGAGUGAAAAUCCAGAAAUUACUUGAGAAAGAAUUUCAAGAUUCAACAGAGGGUCAACAUGCUCGGGGUUCUUCAGACUCGGAUGAAGCCCCAGCAGAGUGUGUGGACAUCGAAGAUCCUUGAUCGUUUCCAUUUGAAUGGGGCAACUGACAGAGCCAAUCCAAAUGCUUUGGUCCUAGUUUACUUCAUCUAUUAAUCGAACUAACAUCUUCUGCUGUACAGGAUAUCCAGAAUCAGUUUUGUAUAGCCUGGAAUUGUCCGAAUAUGGAAUUUCAGAGAAGUGGGGGCACCUGUCUGUCGGACCCAGUUAUUGAGUGUUCAAGGUUCAUCCAUUUUUUGCAAGUUAUAAGUACCCUGUUGUUCGUGCUGAUGUACAGGAGGAAAAGAUUAUGUUCUGAAUUUUCAUAUAUAGAUGGUGCUAAAGAGUCUUGUCUCUUAUCAUUUAGAUGCAAGGGAUAACCCCAUUCAAAUUUUGUUGGGCAUGUAAGCUUUCGGCAGUUUAAAGACAUGCUCGACUUGUAAAGAAAAACUGGGAAAGUUCACGGAAUAUUGCUCAGAUUUUAUGUUUUUGUCUGGCUUGUCAUGUAGAGCUCAACUUUGGUUGCUUACCGUUAAAAAUAAAUUUGAGGGUUCCUCGUC